AAUGGUGAAAGCGAAGGAUUUAGGCAUUUUGAAAAAGCAUUCAGCAGAUCAUCCAUUGCUCAAGCGCUUUGCCGACUACCUAAAGAAUGAUUACGAAAAUGCAAAGUACCAACAGGAGGUUGACACUGUUUCCCGGUACCUGUAUUUUGCUGAUCCUACGGAACCAUCUUUGAAGUUUGUCAAUGACAGAGAGAAGCUCAGAGACUUCCUGGGUCAACAGGCUAAGGCAGGGUAUAAGGCACAAACAUCAGGAAAUUACAUCAAGUGCUUGAAAAGGUUCUUGGAGUUCCACUUGACAAGGACCGGCUUGAGACAGGAUGACAGGGAGCUCUACAAGCAGUGCACGUUAUAUUUGAGUUUUUUAACUUCUUCACAGAGUGUCCUCUCUAAGCAAGCGAGCAAAGAAAUUGUGCAAAAGAGGCAUGCCUUGUUGUUUGACAAAAGUCAACCCACACCUCGUGAAUGCUUGGCUGUUCUUGAUAAAGGUGAAGGUGACUUAGUGAAAAUCAUGAAUCAACUUGAUGACAGUUCUUCUUCCUCCCUGAGUAGGACUGAGUGCAUAUUUGUGCUAUACUAUCUUGAGGCAAUUGUCAUACUAAGACACUGCCAACGGCCAUGUGUGGUGCAGAGCAUGAAGGUCAAGGAAUGGCUUGAACGGAAACACGCAGAUGAUGAUUCAAUCGUUUUUGUAAAGGACCACAAGACGGCUGCACAUUUUGUGGUCUCAAUUGUCCUGUCCAAGAAGGAGGAGGCGUGGUUUGAGAAAUAUUACAACAAAGUGCGGCCACAGCUCCUUGCUGGCGAAAGGAAACGUAAGCGAGAUGAGCAGGAUGAAAAGGAUGGAGAUGAUUUUUUCUUUGUGUCCUCCCGCGGUAAGCCAAUUUACAAUGCAGCUGGUGAUCUGAUAAAGCUCCAGCAAAAGUGCAACGUCCCCCAGGUGAGCAGCCAGGUUGUACGGAGGGUAUUUGAGACAGCAGCUAACCGCCUGGAUGACCCUCAGAAGAAAGCAGUUUUGACUACCUGGGAUGAGGACUCCAAAAUCGUACCAUGA